CGAAUAAAGACUCAUUCGGAUAACACAACACGUAGGGGGUACGUACGAAUGUCUGCCGGUAGGUCCGGUCCGCGCCGCACAUGCACGCGUCAUGUAUGUCAUACAUGAGGGAGGGAGUAUAUCCCCGACCAUCGGUCCGGUCGACCAACCAACCAACCAACCAACGAACCAGCCAACCAACUCCACUGUUCACUCCACAAACAGAGCGAGCAACCAAGCCAUUCAGCCAUUCAUUCAUUCAUCAUACACCUGUCCAUCCGCCCGCCCGCCCGCCUGCCGGCCUGCCUGUUUGUUUGCCGCGUGUGCCCACAGGAUGGUUUGUAUGGUUAUGGUUAUGGUCACGGAUGCAUACAUACGUAGUUAGUUAGGUACAUUUGGAUGGCAUGGCCAUGGAUGGACAAGCUUGCAGCAGCAUUAGUCAGUCAGUCAGUCAGUCAGCCAGUCAGUCGCCGUCUGUUUGGUGCGUCUGCGCAGUCAGGUGAGGUCAGGUGAGGUCAGGUCCGGUGAUAUGUGUAGCUACCCACAAUUCGUCCGUCUGUCCGUCAAAAAAUGCAAGAGUGCAUGCCUGUCUGCCUCCCUGUCUGUCUGUCUGCCAUCCCGCUCCUCCGCCCCACAUCAAUCAAUUGAAAUCCACAGGCCGGCCAGGCUGUGUUUCCUCGAUCGAGGUGAGCUCGAGUGCGAGUGCGAGUAAGAGUGUCUGUCUCUACAGCAGCCAGCACGUGUGUAUGGCGGCAUGGCGACCUGUACACACAAGACAACACAUCCCACUCACUCUACUGGUCGGUGCAUCAUUCAUCAAUGGCAUGCAUGCAUGAAUGUCGGCCGCUCGCUGCAGAAAGACAGAGAGAGCAUUCAAGCACGUCACGUACGCACCCCACCGCACAUCGAUCGACAAUGGGCUGGGUGACGCACAGUCCGUCCGUGUCCGUGUCCGUGUCCGUCCUUCCCCCUUACGCAGCACCAGGCAGGCGUCUAGCCACACCCAACCCAUGUAUGUAUCCCCAACCCCACCCACCCACCCCGUCCAGACGAGCUCAGAUAAGCGAUGGACAAGGCCGGCCGCAUGAACCAGUCCCACUCAACCACCACCACCACCACCCAACACCAGCCGCAGGACACGAAAGGCCGCCGGUCGUCGACCCGCCUCUCUCCCCUCCUUACGCCCACAAGCCCACCCACCCAGUCAGUCAGUCAGUCAGUCUACCCACCGCACUUACACUUACGCAGCCAACCAACAACCAUCCAAAAAUACCCACCAACCAUCCUGCCCAUGUGCAUGGAUUGCUGCAGUGCAGCGUGUGUCCAUGUGUGUGCGCGUGUGUGUGUGUGGUUGCUAAGAGACUACUGGUAACUGCCUGCCAGCCUGCCAGCCUGCCAUCCUGCCAGCCAGGUGACCCAGCCAACCGGACGGACGACGAGCGGCCGGGCCGAGCUUCAAAGUCUCAGUCGGUCGGUCCGCCUGUCCUGUCAGUGGCUUAGUCGAUGUCUGGCUGGGCUAUGGCGGCGGAGCGGCGGUCCGCAUCUUGCGGAGCGACUCGGACACAUGGGGGCUCAGGACCACCUGCAAUGCAUUCAAGAUCAGAUCAACACAGACAGGUUAGUAACGACAACGCAUACGUAUGUAAGUCAUGUACACAUGCGAUGCGAUGCGAUGCGAUGCGAUGCGUGUGGUAGAGAGAAAAGUGGUUCCCUCCCUCCCUCCGUCACUUACCCGUUUUCUUUGCGUGGGUGCGUGUGCCUCCACUUCGAGCAGCUUCCGUCUGAAGGCCUCCACCUCCUCGUCCUCACUCUCGCCCUCGCCCUCGCCCUCACCCUCGUCACCGGGCUCGCCAUGAUCGCCAUGGUCAACAUGGUGGUCAUGGUGGUCAUGGUGGUCCCGCUCGUCGCCGCUCUCGUGCGCCAGCUCCCCACUGCCCCCGUUGCUGCUGUUGUCGUCGGUGCUGCGGUUGGCGCUGCUCCCACAUGACCCCCCACCUGCCGUGUAGGCGUUGGGCGAUCGCUCGUCAGUCUCAUUGUGGCUGUGGCUGUGGUUGAUGUUGAUGUGGUCGUGCAGGCGCUCGUCGGUGAGGGGCGGGGUGUGGGUCUGCGUGGGCGGCGUGGCGGGCAUCGUCGACGAUGACUCGCUCUUCUUGAUCUGCUCCCCCUGCCCCUGCUGCUGUCCACCCCCUCCGCCCUUUUUCUUGCCUCUGCGCGUCUUCUUCUGCGGCUUGUCGGGCGGCGCCUUGGGGGUGUCAUGAUGGUCGGUGGGUUCGUCAAUGGCAGGCCCCUCGAUGAAGCGCACGGUGAGGCCGGUGGGGAGGGUGUAGCCGCUGCCGUCCGCCAUGGGCGUGGCGUUGAGCCGACGCAUCUCGGCUUCGAUGGAUGUGGCUACAGCUUGAGGCUGGGUGGGGAAGGGCUGCUGCUGCUGCUGGGUGGGGGAGGUCGCCGAGGUCUUGUUGGCCGACUUCUUCUUGCCGCCAGACCUGCAGUGCAGUGCAUCCAUCCAUCCAUCCACACAACACACAACAGACAGACAGACACAUUGGUGCCCAUGAGUGAAUGUGUUGCCGUGUGCCGCACUGGUUUGUUUUGACGUACGGAUUAGGCUGUGGGCCCCCGGUGUGCUCGAUGAAGUCCACCAGCUCGUCAACUGACAAGGCGGCGAUGUCCAGCUGCAGCGAAUCGUCGCACCGACCAGCAGUGAGGUCGUCCGUGGCGAAUGGUGGUCUUGCCGCCUCGACGUGCUGCAGGGUGGCGCCUGGCGGUGGGUUGGCGUCUCGUGGCACCGUCUUGUUGCGCGACUUCCGACGAAUCUGCCGAAUGCGGCCACGGGCAACGUAAUAGCCUCUGCAGACACACAGACAGACAGACAUGGAUGGAACAAACAGUCAGCUGUGUCGCGGGUGUCUGUUUUGUUCUGUCGUCGGCUGGGCUGUGUGGCUGUGCUGUAUUGGCUGGGCUGGGCUGUUUGUGUGUGUACCUUACCUUGGCAGCGCGGCUUCUUCUUCUGGAGUGAAAUCGUUCUCUAUAUGGAAAACCUGCCGGAUCUCCUCGGGGGACCGGCCCUGCAUCAUCUUGGCUAUAGCCUAUGCACCCGCCACACACACGAGUGAACCACACACACCCACAGCUCCCUCCAUGACAUGAGCAGAUCAGAUUUGUAUCAGUGUGCUGUGUGUGGUGUACCUUGCAAGUGAGGUCGACAAGUGGGCUGACGCCGAGGUGGAAGGCGGCGCUGGCGAGUUCGCACAGCUCUGGCGAGUCGAGUUUGACAAAGUCCUCGUCCCACCGCCGCUUCUCCUUGUCGCUCAACCCUACACUGUCGCGAUGAUACCUGCACAACACAACACAACACAGCACAGCACAGCACAGCACACGGACAGGCGGACGCACGCACAUACAAAAGCACUUUGGCUUGCAAGAGACAUCCAUCCAUCCAGCCAGCCAUUCAGCACUUUACCCACCUGAGGAACUCGAUGGCCUUCUGCAGCCCUCUCACGGGCACCGCCAGGUCGACUGGGGCGGGGUUGGUGACUUCAAAUGCCAUCAUGGCGCCCUUGCCCGUCCCUUGUCCGCCUGCUGAGCCCGCGGUGCGUCUCGCCUGCGGCCCGUCCCGCUUGGAUGACUGCCACGCCCGCUCGAGGAGGAUCUCGCGCAGCUUGGGUGCUCCCGGGAUCAGGUCCGCCUCUAUCGGCACCUCCUCGCCAUCCUGACACUGAAUAUGAUGCACAGGCAACACGACGGGAGCACAGCCAACGCGUCUUGUUAUGCCGCUGUUCUGUUGCCGCAUCGCUCGCUGUCUGUCGUGGUGUGUGCGACCACCGUGUGUGUGGCUCCCUCACUCACCCGUACGGUGGUGAUGCCUAUCACCUUGAGAGUGGUGUUUGUGAUCGCUCCGAUGUCCAUCGCCACCAGCUACUGCAUCACCUGCACCCAACCAGACACGCGAGAAGGGAGGGCAUGAGAGGCGGGGACGACCGACUGACCACACAAGGGCGGCGUCUUACCCUCUACUGCUUCCGCAGCUUCCCGACACACGAGUACUCGAAAGCGCCGCUGACGUCGACAGCUUCGGUCAAAAAACUGAAUCUGAAUGCGCUUCGGCGUGUCACAGGGAGCCAAGAAAAGCUCCACAAAGUG